AUUUAAUUAAGAAGAUUUGGUCGAAAAUGGCAGCUUGUCAUCACUUAACCCAAGAAUUUGUGAAAGAUAAUUUUCAUAACACCUUGAUUUAUAAAGACGAAUGCAUGAGGUGUUAUAACAACCCUGAAGGAGAGAAUGGAAUUAACCUGUGCUUAAAAACCCUGCAAGGUUUUUGUACAGAUGAAGGACACUCACAGCAACAUUUCGAGAAGACAGGAAAUCCAAUCGUUUUAAACAUUAAAAAGAUUCCCAAGCUUGUAGAUGGAGAACCCCAGAAAAUUACUAAACUAGCUAUAGGAAAAGAAGGUGGUGGAGGUAUUGAUGACCCUUUCGAUACAGUAACCAGCUUGCAUUGCCUCGCUUGAAACAUUGAACUUGAUAAGACAGGAGCUUUCAUUGCUCCGAUUAUUGAUAGUAUCCUUCUAUCAAAAUCUGCUUUCUUUGAAUCUCAAGUCGGUGAAUGGGAACAAGAUAUUAAAGAAUGUGAAUGUGUAAAGAAUCUUGAUCAGUCUGAAUGCCAGAAGAUAGCAUCUAAAUCACUAGCAUCAUGUGGAGAGUGAGACCUUAAAGCAAACCUUUGGCUCUGUAUGAUUUGUGGCCAUCUUGGGUGUGGAAGACAGCAAUAUGGAGGUCUUGAUGGAAAUAGUCAUGCUAUAGCUCACUUUGAAUCUACUUCCCAUCCGGUUGUAUGCAAAAUGGGUACAAUUACUCCACAAGGAACUGCUUCAUUGUACUGCUACAAAUGUAAUGACGAUAUAUUUGAUUCCAAGCUUGGAGAGCAUCUUCAGAAUUUAGGAAUAGACAUGGGACUUCAGACAAAGACUGAAAAGACUUUAACUGAAAUAAACUUGGAACUCAAUUUAUCCUUAACUCUCUCAAAAGCUGUAGAGGAAGGAAGAGUUCUGACCCCAAUCUUCGGACCAGGAAAUACUGGAAUGAUAAACCUCGGCAACUCUUGCUACCUAAACUCUGUGAUUCAGGUUUUGUUCUCCUACGAUAGAAUUGGGAAUCAUUUUUAUAACAUGUAUGAAGACCAUCAUAAGGUGUGAGACAAACUCACAACCGAGUGCUAUGAUUGCCAAUUAUCCAAGCUCGCACAUGGACUCAAGUCAGGAAAGUACUCAGAGAGGAAAGAACAGCCAGUUCCUCAGCAUGACCAACAAACUGAAGAGGAAAAGAAGCAGAUGGAGGUGUAUCAAGAUGGUAUCAGACCUCAAAGCUUCAAGAAUCUUAUUGGUAAAGGCCAUGAAGAGUUCUCCUCUGGAAGACAACAAGACUCCCAAGAAUAUCUGCAGUACUUCAUGGAAGUUAUUGAAAAGGAGGAAGUUAAGAGAGGAAGAGAAAAUCCUUGUCAGAUGUUCAACUUUGGCCUCGAACAUAGAUACGAAUGCCAAGCCUGUAAAGGAGUUGCAUAUAUCCCUGAGAAAACUAACCAAUUAAAUCUGCUCAUCAUGAAAGAUUCUGAUGAAGAAAUGAUCCCUGAAGAAGAGGAGAUGAAGAACGGCCUAGAACGAUUCCUAUCUGAUGAAGCCAUUGAAAAAGAUUGCCCAGGCUGUUCAGGAAAGCAGACAUUUUUAAGGAGGACUAGAUUUUUAAAUUUCCCUGAAGUCAUGAUAGUAGUUGCUCAAAGAUUUACUUUUCAGAACUGGACACCAACAAAGAUCAAUACUUCUCUGAAGGUCAUACUUGAUGACCUUGACCUGACUCCUUAUAAAGUCAGUGGAGGGGUACAAGAAGGCGAAACAGCUCUUCCAGAUGGAGGAGAAGUCGAGGUAGAAGUUGAUGUAGAAAUUAAUCAGGACCAAUUGAAUCAAUGCUUAAUGAUGGGCCUACCUGAGCUUGCAGCAAAGCAUGCCUUGCAUAGUACAGGAAACUCAGGGGCUGAUGCAGCAGUUACUUGGUACUUCUCUAAUAUGGAGAAUCCAGUGAUAAAUGGACCCCUUCCAAAAGAAAAGAAAAUGGUUAAACAAGGUGGAUUCGCAGCCCCAGUUGAAGAGGAGAAAGUUGAGGAGGCAGUAUCUGUUGAUGAAGGAUCUUUUUCUAUGCUAGCAGGAAUGGGAAUGGAUCCUGAAAGAUCUAGAAAAGCUCUGAUCAAGUUUAACAACAAUCUUGAGCAAGCUUUAGACUAUAUUACUUCCCAUGGCCCCGAAGAGGAUGAGUUUGAAGAAGAAAAACAAGAUGGCCCAGAAGCUAAAGAGUGGAUUGUAGAUCCAAGACCUGGAGUAUAUGACCUCAAUGCUUUCAUUACUCACCUUGGAAAUUCAAUUCAUUCCGGUCACUAUGUUGCACAUAUCAAAAAAGGAGAAGACUGGGUACUUUACAAUGAUAACAAAGUUGUAAUUACUUCUGAUCCUCCUCAUGACAAGGCCUUCGUUUACUUCUAUAAAAAGAAAGAUUAA